GGCUUUUUGCUUUAAACAUUGUUUCCGGUAUCGGUAUUUUAACAAAUAGUGUGCUAGCUUUUAUGAUUAUCGUGGACUUCAUAAUCGACAAAAGUAUGAGAUUUUGGACACGUCACUGGUUAGUGCUCAAUUCGGCAAUCACGCAUGUAGCUUUCCUUGGAAUUUCUAUAUACAUAAGAGAAUUUGGGAGGCACAAAGAUCAGAGUGACAGAAAUUGUCUUAUUCUUCAACAUACUGAUAAGACGAUAGACUUUGUUACAAGUUUAUAUCUUGUAAUAAUAGCAAUAAACGUCGCCGGGAAUAUUGUGAAGCCGACUAUCCCGUGUGGCAAGAAAAGUAUUUUGUUCUGGAUUUUCUUCAUCUUAUUCAUCAUGGUCUGUGCCAACGUUGGCGUAUUAGCGCUCUUUACAAUGGAACUUGAUGGCCUGUCUCACGAUUUGAAAUGCCAAGUGGAUGUUACCUUAUAUCUGCCCGCAAGAAAUGUGCACCUGGUUGCUAUAGUAACGUUCUAUAUUCCAUUUGGAUUAUUACUUACCCUUGCCUUUUCGUCACUUAUCUGUUCUUGCACUCCACAACGACAUUUAUCACUCACUGAGUUGGAAAAUAAUGAAUAUUACAUCGCCAGAAAACACGCGGCAAUAUUUAUUUUUAUAACAGCAACGGCAGGUUUUCUUUUGAAGUUGCCGUACUAUCUUUUUCAAGUGCCAGUAUUAGCAUAUUUUGUGCUUGCGGGGUUAAAGGCUAGUUACUACGUAACAUUUUUCAUAACACAUUUGAUGAAAUUGUUAUUUUACAUAUUGUUUCCGAUUUUGUGCUUAUGCUUGAAAGAUAUACGUGCAAUAUACAGAAAGGCUGUUUCAAACUAAUCUACAACAGACGUGGGCUGUAUAACUGACGUCAUGGUCAUUUCUCAAAUCUUUGGCUUUAACAGCAAGGGCCUUAAUAAAUUUUGUGCAAUACAGAUUCUAUAUAAUUUCAUUCUUUUGAUAUAUGCAUAUGUACAUGUGUAUUAAAUAUUAUCUAAAUGCUUA